AUGGCCAACACAGGCUUUUUCCACCAUAUCGGCACGUUCCUCAUCUUCGCCGCCUCCAUCCUCCUUCUCGUCACCACGAUCUCCGCGCCUGUAAUCAACAACAUUGCGCUAUUGAAGGUCGAUCUGAGCGGCGGAGACUCUUCUCUAUCCUUUGGAACAUUUGGUUACUGCAUCACCCAACCCGGUGACGAUGUCUGCUCUGGCAAACAUAUUGGGUACAAUCCCGCAGAAAUCCUUGAAGGAGCCGGGAUCGAGGAAUUCAACCGGGCAUCCACCGAUAGCACAAAGGCUCUAACUCGCGUUAUGAUCCUCCACCCCGUCGCCUGUGGUGUCUCCUUCAUCGCUUUUCUCCUCGCCCUCGGGUCCGGUUUCUGCGGCGCAAUCUUCGCUUCGGUCGUCGCAAUGCUUGCAUUCCUCAUUUCCCUCGUGGCCGUGAUAUGUGAUUUCGUCUCAUUCGGGAUCAUCAAGAGGCAUGUGAACAAUGAGGAUAGCGGGAACAAGGCCAAUUUCUCCGUCGCCAUCUGGUUGAUCUUGGUCGCCAUGCUUUGUCUCUUCAUUGGCACCAUCAUCGUGCUCUUGACUUGCUGCUCUUCCAGGAUGCAUAGACAAAAGCGAGGCUCCAAGCAUGCUGAGGGUGGAUAUGUCACUGGCCACCGGACCAAGAGGCAUUUCUGGCAACGAGGGAACAGAUAUUGA